AUUUACUAUGGUAAAGAUCGUUCUAUUCUACUUUUAAAUUUUACCGCGUUCCGUGGUAGUUAUUAAAAGACAUGCCUUCGUAUUUGAAAGAACUACGAAGGUUAUAAUUUGUUUUCUUAUUUAAUAAAUAAAAAAUUAAGUGUUGCUCGUAUUGUGUUAAAAGAUUGGAAUAUACGUGACAGAAAGAUGCAAUGUACAAGGAUGUUACGUCUUGGCAAGAUGAUACCAUUAGCUACCGUGCAACAUAUCACAGGAUACAAUUUUAGUAGCAUAAAUUCUAUAAUGAAACCUCGUGUUCGGCAAUUUUGUAAAAAUGUAUCCAUAAAGAAUGCACUUAAGAAUGUGGGUCAACCAAGAACUCAAAAUACAGGAAUGUUGCAGAGGGUUUCACACAGGUUUACUCUUUUUAAGAUGAAGUAUCAACUAAUUGGAUUGGGUUAUCAGUUGUAUGACAAUAUCCCUGAUAAGCUUGACUACUCAAUAUUUUUUAAAGAUUUUGCUAUGAACGAUACAUUUUUCUCUUGGUUCAAAGUAACAGAACUACAUGUUUGGAUGUUGAUGGUACGCUUUAUGGCUGAAGGAGAUAAGGGUAAAGUAGUUGUACAAAAUAUUGUUGAAUCAAUGUGGCACGAUGUUAUUAUAAGAGCAGAAAAGCUUGGUCCAAUUCCAUCAAAAAUAAGAAAUAAACAGAUAAUGGAAUUAUCACAUCAGUUUAAUGCUGCUAUCAUUGAUUAUGACGAAGGGAUCUUGUCAGAUGACAAAACAUUAGCUAGUGCACUAUGGAGGACAUUCUUUAAUUUAGAAUGUAACAAUCCAGAGCAAUUAGAGAAGCUCUUAAUCUACGUUAGGAAACAGAUUAGUAUAUUAGACAAAAUUCCAUCAGAUAAGCUUUAUCGCACACCAGUAAUAAAAUGGUUAGAUUUGCGAACCAUUGAAACUCAUUAAUGUUAGCAAUAAAUUUGUAAUUGUUAAUUAAGUAGAAUUUAUAUGACGAAUACAUGAAGCCUGCGAACUAAAAUUGCAUUAUUCAUUUCAAUUAUA